AUGCCUAAGCAUAGGUGGCACAAGUUUAAAGCCUUUAUCGGCGACUACAUUGAUCCCGACAAAGCCAAUGAACUCAACGGAGACAACACAGAUAUUGAUGGCAAAGUGAAGAGGGCUUUAAAUCUUCUUAAAGAGGGGGAUGGUAAUUAUAGCAAAGGGGCAGUCGCAGAUCUUAUCCAUGAGUUUCACAGAUGCUACCAAUCUCUUUACGCACGUUAUACUCAUCUCGUUGAAGAGUUAAGGAAGAAAGCUCAUGGACACUCAGACUCUUCAGGCUCUGAUACCGAUGAUUCUCCGAUGAGAAGAGGCAAACAUAAUGGUAAAGUUGUCUUAAAACAAGAGUUAGAGACUGCACUUUCGGAGGUGGCUGACUUGAAACAAAAAUUGGCUGCCGUCGAGGAUGAAAAACGAGUCACUGAGGAGAGUCUCGAAUUAUCACGAAAGAAGAUAGAUGAGAUGUCGGAAUACUUCCAAGAACAAAUUGAUGCACAAAAUGUGGUAAUUCAUCGGUUGGAAGAAGAUAAAGAGGAACUCCUGACAGAAUUAGAGAUGAUGAAAUCAACUUCACAAGGUAAGCAACCACAAAUAAGUCAGAAACUGCGAAUCACGGAACAACUAUUAGGCGUGAAGGAAGAGAGUAAAGUGAAGAGAGUGGACAAGUUGAGACAAGAACAAAAGUUGCUUGAAGAGAGGAUUACUAUGUUAUCCGGUACUAUUGAUGCUUAUAGUAAAGACGCUCAGCAGAUACUGGAAACGGAAACUUGUGAAAAGGUAAAUGACACGUCGGGAAUUGAUCCAAUGAGAAACCUCGAGAAACUGAUACGUGAGAGGAAUGAGAAGAUCAAAGAAUUGGAAAGAAAGUUGAACGAGAAAGAUAAAGAAAUCUUGAGCCUGUGUGAAGACAAAAGAGAGUCCAUAAGGCAAUUGUGCAUUUGA